GAUCCCAUUUUCCCAUGGGUGGAUCCCAGUUGACCCUGAGCGAAUCACAGUUUACCUGAGAGGAUCACAGUUUAACACAGCUGAAAACUUCUCCACGCUGCUUUCAAGCUCUGAGUUAACAACGUACGCUUCACUGGGAGGCUGUCUGAAGGUGUACACAUGUCUCAGAUGGACUUGGUAUCACAUUAGGAAUGAUAUUCAGUGAUAAGUUGGGCAACAAUAGCUGGUUUUAAGGAUUUGUUCGAGAGGAUCACAACUUAACACAGCUGAAGACUUCUCCACGCUGCUUUCAAACUUCCUCGCUGUUCGCGUCCGGAUAUCGCCAUCGUAACCACAACCUCACACACUGGUACUGAAUGUGCAUCAACGUGUUCCUAUCCAGCCAAAUAUACCAAAAGAUUGAUGUAAACGACAGAAGAAGCGAUCGAAAUGUGUAUUUCAGUCGAAGGCCACGCCUCCACAUCUGUCAACCAGUUGAUCGGGGAACCAGUUAAUGCGGAACACCGGUGAUGAGUGUAGCGGUGCUGAUGGAGACGCUCUGAGGGUGACACUGGGAAAGUCCUCACCCUUCCUCCUCCUUCCUCACUCUUCCUCACCCUUCCUCCCGCUGAAAGCUGCACACAUGUUUUCUCUCGGUCAGGAAAACAUCCCCUCCUCCCCGGCCUCCACCAAAGGACCAGUGAAAUAUGGAGAGCUCAUUGUUCUGGGGUGUAAUGGCUCUCUGCCAAGCGGUGACAAGGGGAGGAGGAAAAGCCGCUUCGCUCUGUCUCGCAGGAACAAGGCCAACGGCGUGAAACCGAGCACCGUGCACUCCUCGUGCACGCCUCAGGCUGCCAAGGCUGUGAGCAACAAGGAGCAGCACAGUAUUUCCUACACUCUGUCCCGGGCACAGACGGUGGUGGUGGAGUACACGCAGGACGGCAGCACGGACAUGUUCCAGAUUGGCCGCUCCACAGAGAUUCCCAUUGACUACGUGGUGACGGACACGCUGCCCGGGGGUCAGAUCCAGGUGGACGGUCAGACGGUUCAGAGCACCAUCUCCCGCUUCGCCUGCCGCAUCAUCUGCCAGAGAGACGCUCCGUUCACCGCACGCAUCUACGCCGCCGGCUUCGACUCCUCCAAGAACAUCUUCCUCGGGGAGAAAGCAGCUAAAUGGAGGAUGCAGGACGGUCACAUGGACGGACUGACCACCAACGGGGUUCUGGUGAUGCACCCCCGACAGGGCUUCACCCAGGACUCCAAACCCGGCCUGUGGAGGGAGAUCUCCGUCUGCGGAAACGUGUUCACGCUGAGGGAGACCAGGUCCUCUCAGCAGAGGGGCAAGAUGAUGGAGCCUGAGUGUAACGAGCUGGUGGACGGCUCCCUGGUGGACCUGUGUGGAGCGACCUUGCUGUGGCGCACGGCGGAGGGCCUCGCCCACACCCCCACCGUCAAACACCUGGAGGCCCUGAGGCAGGAGCUGAACGCGGGACGGCCGCAGUGCCCCGUGGGCCUCAACACGCUCGCCUUCCCCAGCAUGCGGCGCAAAGACGUCCUGGACGAGAAGCAGCCGUGGGCCUACCUGCGCUGCGGACACGUGCACGGAUACCACGGCUGGGGGGGCCGCCGCAACCCCGAGGUGGAGGCGGAGUGCCAGGAGAGAGAGUGCCCCAUGUGCCGCACGAGGGGCCCCUACAAGCCCCUGUGGCUGGGCUGCGAGGCGGCUUUCUACCUGGACGCAGAGCCGCCCACACACACAUUCAUCCCCUGUGGACACGUGUGCUCGGCGAAGACGGCGGCGUACUGGAGUCAGAUCCCGCUGCCGCACGGCACACACACCUUCCACUCUGCGUGCCCCUUCUGCAUCGAGGCGCUCAGCGGGGAGGCCGGCUGCAUCAAACUCAUCUUCCAGAGCCCGCUGGACUAGAGACCCCUCAGACUGCUUGGCUGAAAAAAAGAGUGUCCUCGACCACCAAUGAGAAAUGGACUGUACUUAUAUAGCGCUUCAUCCAGUUUUUACGACCCCUCAAAGCGCUUUACAAGUUCAUCUACAUCCACCCAUUCACACCCAUUCAUACAGAGCAGUGUACCUUACUCUAGGAACUAACAUUCGUACACACUCACACACUCAUUCACAACUCAGGGUUCAGUAUCUUGCCCAAGGAUACAUCGACAUGUUGACUGCUCUGGCUGGGAUCGAACCCACAAAGACGCCCUCACAGCCACAGUCGCCCAUAAAUACAGUUAAAGUAGUUUGACUGUUGUGUAAACGAGCAAUGAAAGAAUAUCCGUCUCUUCACACUUUAAGAGAAUUAUUGUUUAACAGUAAACUAAAUAAUAACCAUUACCUUCAAGAGGAUGCUUAAGAGGCAGUAAACCGCCACACGCUUUCUUUCAUUACAGUAAAAUAAAGGAGACACCUCAGACUGCUUGUCUCAACAACAGAAAAACGAGUUCUUUCUAUAACUUAAUUUUGUAUAACUUAAUUUAACUUAAUUUCCGAGCAAUAGAAAUACACGUAUUGGGUAUAUGAUUCAGGCUUUCUUUGUUGUCCUCCUCUGAAGUGGUGAAUGUUCCUCCCUGGUCUAAACUGUGAAUUGCAGUGAAUGUAUUCCCUGUAAUUGUCACACUUUGCAAAAUCAUCCCGCCUUACCUAAACAACAGAAGGCACAACCAUGAGUCGGUUUGAUCACUUAAUUUAACUUAAUUUUGAGCAAUAUAAAUACAUAUAUUGGGUUUUUGAUUCAGGCUUUGUUGUCCUGUUCAAGUGGUGAAUGUUCUCCCCUGGACUAAACUGUGAUGAUUGCCUCACACUCUGUAAUGUAAUGUCCUCGCCUUAAAGUACAUGAAAGUUGAGGAAAUGGCAGUUAAUGUAUUCCCUGUAAUUGUCGCACUUUGCAAAAUCAUCCUGCCUUGUCUGAAAAACAUAACGGUCCUUUUGAUAACUUAACUUAACUUAAUUUUGAGCAUUAUAAAUACUUGUAUUGGUUUGAUGCCUGCCCUCUUUGGAACGUGUAAUGGUGCAGGCUUUGUUGUCCUCCUCUUAAGUGGUGUUCUUCCCUGGACAAAACUGUGAUGAUUUGCCUCACUCUUUAUUUAUUCCAGUAAUGUGUUUGUAAAUCAAUGCAAUAUCUAACAGCCUUAAAGAGAAAUGAACACUAACACACGAUCACAGUUUGGUUUUAUUGUCUUUGGUCUAUGUGUUUUUUUAAGGCUUUUCUAUGGGGAAAAUGGAAAUGUAAACAUGUUGGGGAAUAAACUAAUAUUUCUGUAUUUAA